AGCUAGAAGCUACAGGCAACCUACACAGUAUCGAAAAAGAUCAAAACGUUUCCAACCGUUGGAUCUUCAUUCUCAUUUCAUCUCUCUCUCUCUGCCAUCUGACCUGUGGGUUUGCAGAUAUUCAAACAAAUCACCCCCAUUUUGCUCGAUUCUCAAAGAGCUGAUUAGGGUUUCUCGAUUUCAAUCGAAAAAUCGUACCUUUCUCUGGAUUGUCGAAUCCGAAGUGUGUAAUCCAUCCCCACCCUGAAAAGAUAGCAGAGGAGCGUGAUGAUGCCUGUGGAGAUGGCGCGAAUCUUCGCGACGGGGAUGGAGAAUUGGUGGGAGGAGGUUAACGAGUCAACUCAGUGGCAAGAUGGGAUCUUCUUCUCUCUCUGUGGAGCUUACGCUCUUGUCUCAGCCAUCGCUCUUGUUCAAUUGGUGAGGAUCCAAAUGAGAGUGCCUGAAUAUGGCUGGACCACUCAGAAGGUCUUUCAUCUUAUGAACUUUGUCGUCAAUGGAGUUCGUGCGGUUCUAUUUGGAUUUCACCAUCAAGUCUUUCUCGUGCAUCCCAAGGCUCUUUGCUGGAUAUUAUUGGAUCUUCCGGGCCUCCUCUUUUUCUCUGCAUACACACUGCUCGUUCUGUUCUGGGCAGAGAUAUAUCACCAGGCGAGAAGCUUACCAACUGAUAAGUUGCGGAUAACUUAUUUCUCAGUCAAUGCUGCUGUAUAUUUGGCUCAGGUUGUAAUCUGGGUAUGCAUCUGGGUAAAUGAUAACAGCACUGUGGAGCUAGUUGGAAAGAUAUUUAUGGCAGUUGUGUCUUUCAUUGCUGCGUUAGGCUUCUUGCUGUAUGGAGGAAGAUUGUUUAUUAUGCUAAGAAGGUUCCCCAUUGAGUCAAAAGGGAGAAGGAAGAAGCUCCAUGAGGUUGGCUCUGUGACAGCCAUAUGCUUCACCUGCUUCCUCAUAAGAUGCAUAGUGGUGGGUGUGUCAGCAUUUGACAGGGAUUUAACGCUGGAUGUGCUUGAUCACCCUGUUCUGAACUUAAUCUACUAUAUGGUGGUAGAAGUACUUCCAUCGGCACUAGUACUCUUCAUUUUGCGUAAGCUACCUCCAAAGAGAGUAUCAGCUCAAUACCAUCCGAUCCAGUAAACUUUUUUUUUUUAACCUGAAGCCAUCACACGGUGAGUCUGAUGAUGUUGCAAGAGAUUGUAAAGAUUCAGUUAAGAAAAUAUGGCCAGGACAAAGAAGUUAUAAGAUUCGCUGGCGGAUGUUCGAUCGUUCUAUUAUGUUUGGUUGGAAAUAAUAACCAAUUGUUUACUUUUUUUUUUUUGGUUUAUUGUCAAAUCUCAGAUGAUACACUGUUCUUCAAUCAUAUUAAACCGAAUAGAGCAUUGGGUA